AUGAGCGCCUCGACUACUACUACUGGAAAUAGCAUUGCAAGUCUGUUUACAACGACCAUGUUUGUGAUGGCGUUGUCGUGUACAGCGGAAGCCUUCGUGGUGCGUUCGAUGGGACGGUCGCGAUCUAUGGCAGCGCUGAUGGAUUCCAGAAGCGGAACCAAGGCGGACGAAACAGCGGAACGAUCCCCCAUUGGAAUGACAGUUUUUGUCUACGGCGAUGUGGAUGAUUAUCUUCCGGAACAACGCCAAGUAGGAGGAAGACAAGAGCAGUAUUGA